AAUACCUCAAGCCUGUUGUGGUAAAAGGAGGGGUAUGCCGGCCAAAUACCAAACCCGACCCUCGGCGCAACCCGGUGCCGUCGUUGCUCACGAUCCUUGGUCACUGUCACGGCAGCCGGAGCCCAUUGAGUUGGCUGCCGCUUCCUGUUGUGAGUAAAUGGCGACAGGUGUACGACCGGGCCUCAGGAUUCGCGGGCGUAGUGGGGCAGCACCUCCUCGUAUUUAACCAGUGGGCUGGUACAGACGGCCGCUACCACCAUGGCGAGCGCCACUCCAUGAGAAAGUCCGCAGCCUGAUUCUUGAGCUGCUGUUCGUGGACCAGCCCAUCGCCAUCAUGGAUGCUGCGCCUGAUGGCCCGCCCGCCAAUGACGAUAGAAGAAGGCUCAGCUGUGUCUCCCUCCAUGCAGAUUGCAGCCUGGCAUAGAAAUGAAAUGUAUCCAAACUUUCCGCUCAUUCCCCUCGUUUAUCUCCAUCGAUCAUUGAAUGUGACAAGUCCGAGCCGGCAUCAUCAUGGAAGGACUCGGAGUCGCUGCCAACGUCAUCGCUGUUGUCGACCUCUCCGCGAAGGUCGCGACGCUGUGCCUCCAUUACUCCAAGGAGGUCGCCGGCGCCCGAGCAGACAUCCAGCCUCUCCACAGCCAGGUCAGCCAUCUGGAACUGCGGUGCGGGCCGCCCAGCGCCUAGUGGAAGGGAACAAAGGCAAGCCUCUCUUCAUAUCCCAGGGGCUCGGCAUUUCAUGUCGCGACUGCAUCGUCGACCUGGAGCGACUGGAGAAGACGCUCGGCCGAGACCCUCACGCACCGGUAUGCGUCAUCUAGGUAUCUGAGCUAUCAAGUGGCCGUUUAGCAGCAAAGAGGUCGACCAGGUGCUUUCCAGUCUUGAGCGGCAUGAAAAGACCAUCCUGCUCGGGCUCCAGAUUGAUCAGACUGCCGUACUCGUCGACAUCCAGGAGGGGGUCAAACACCUGGGGCUCCAGACGAUCGAGGAUGCCUCGAUUUCCCGCAGGCCCCAUCGCAUGGUGCCGUUCGCUCCCGACCCAGACUUUGUCCACCGUCCUGCAAUCGAGAAAUGGAUGCAGGAUCAAUACAGCCAGCCCUGCCGGAGAAUGGCCUUGGUCGGC